AUGUGCCGUCGUCACUCGAAAUUGCUCAACGAAAUCCAAGUCAAAGCCGUGGUUGCCUCGUUGAAAUGCAGUGCGUCGUCAGCAUUUCCGAACUGCAUGAAAGUGAGGCUGUCGACAUGGCGGUGUGACGUGUACAAUUUUGUGUCCGCCUCACUUUGUUCGCUUCAUUUCGUCCGCUUCACUCUUCAAUCGCCUCAUUUUCGUCAAAGUGAAGCAGAUGGAUGUAGUCGUGGUGUGGUUGAGGUGCGUUGCUUGGUGUCUGAGAAUGUCAUUUCGAAAUGGGCAGUGUCGUCAGUUUCGUGUGAGAGUUCGGCGGAAUAG